CGUUGAAAGGAAUCGUCGUAGAUUCGUCGUUGAAACGAAACGUAUGAUUCACUCAGUCAGAUACGUAUAUCGUAGAUAAGUAAGAAGAUAACGAUUAUCACGAAAGGGCGUGCGUCGCGUACCUUUCUAACAAGACGUUACAACGUUUCUUGCUCAGUUAGCACGAAUAUCCAAAAUGAACGAUCAAAUCCUCAGGAUUCUUCUCUUCUUCGCAGUUUUCCGAUCGCUAUCGUGUCAACAGAGCACGCAGGAUGGGACCAUAAAAAUCGGCGAGAGAUGCGAGAGAGAUCGCAACUGUAUCCCACACGCGUUUUGUCGUUCGCAAAUGACCUGUCUGUGCGAUCAAUAUUACUCGCCUACUCCUGAUAACUCGAUGUGCAUCGCUAGUGCCGGAUUGAGUUGUACGAAGGAUUCGGUAUGUAGAUCGAUGACGAACGCUAUGUGCAGACAAGGGGUGUGCGCGUGCAAAGAUUCGUAUAUUUUAGAUAUAAAUAAUUCUUCGAAUUGUAUCAGUAGGCCGUUAGUAGUGGGUGAUCGUUGUCAAAGGACCGACGAGUGUCAAGAUGUAUUUGAUCGUGCCAUGUGCAUCAAUGGACGCUGUCAGUGCAUCACGUCUUAUCAUUUCGUUAAUGAAACAGGGAAAUGCGUUCCAACACGGUUUUUAUAUAAUUUGUGUACGGAGAGCUAUGAGUGUAGGAGUUUACACAAUGAAACUGUCCUUGAAUGCAGAAACGGCGAAUGUGUUAGUACAGGGGGACAAGGAACUUAUACUAAAGGGUCCACGCUCGCUUUUCUUGGAAUUCUUGUGACGCUCUUACCUUUUAUACAUUGACUGAUUUAAAUUAGCAAAUAAAUCUCGACUAAUUAUGAUUGUUUUA